CAACAAUUUCCGCCUGUUUGUGCGUCAUUCCUUCCUCAUUCGCUGCGUCCGGCACCAGCGAGCCAGAUGCGCAAUGCCACUUGUUUGAUUCCAACCUGGACAAAUUGCUGGCUUCCCUCCCUAUUCUUCACUUUCAUUGAGCUCCCAAGCAACCUACAUCAUUUCUCCUAGACUCGCCCGACAGGGAAUCUUCUUGCGAUUGCAUAGUCUCCAUCGCCCACACCAUCCAUCUCUCUGAACGAUGCUAGAUCCUCUACCGCCUCCUCCAUCGUGGCUCGUUGACCUGGCGAAACCCUUCAGCGAGGCUCUCCAUCUCCCUUCUCUGCCGUAUCAUAUCCACGAAGUCCUGGGCGCCUUUAUCCUCUACCAGACGACCCAGUCCAUUGUCUCGCCCGUUCUCUCGAACUUCCUCUUCCCCAACAUCUAUCCGAAGCUCACGCGACGCACUCGCGUUAACUGGGAUGUGCACGUGGUGUCUCUGCUCCAGUCGUGCGUGAUCAAUACUGCGGCGUUAUGGGUGAUGUUCAAGGAUCAAGAGCGGAAGGAUAUGCAAGGGAGUGCAAUUGAGCGGAUAUAUGGGUACACAGGCGCAUCUGGGCUCAUUCAAGGUCUGGCGACGGGAUACUUCGUCUGGGAUCUUGUCGUGAGUGCGCGUUACCUCAAGAUUUUUGGGCCGGGAAUCCUGGCCCAUGCUAUCACCGCGCUAUCGGUGUUUGCCCUAGGAUUUAGACCAUUUUGCAAUUAUUAUGGCCCAGUGUUUAUUCUCUACGAGCUGUCGACCCCGUUCCUCAACAUCCAUUGGUUCUGUGACAAGCUCAACAUGACCGGGUCUCAGCUGCAAUGGUACAACGGCAUGAUCCUUCUCUCGGUGUUCUUUGGCUGCCGUUUGAUCUGGGGCACCUACCAAUCGUUGCGAGUAUAUCAAGAUGUUUGGCACACGAUGCACCUGAACAUCCAAUCGGGUCCAGUUCUUCGAGAGAUUCAUACUUCUGCACACUCUUCGAUAUUUGUGCCCCGAGAUGGCCAACUCUGUUUGGGUGACAAGAGCUGCAUUAUAGCUCAAUCCGAAGUCAUGCAGUUUACAGGGUCGCAGACCGAAUCUGUCCCGGUCUGGCUGGCGGGAGUGUAUCUGACCUGCAAUCUGGUACUGAAUUCACUGAACUUUUAUUGGUUCGGCAAGAUGAUUGAGGCUGUGCACAAGCGGUUUGAGGGCAAAACACACGAGGAAUUUCCUCGCGAACGCGAACGAAAGCAAAGUAUGGUGGAGGCCGCCGCAACGGAGCUCGAUUACGAGACUCUCUCUGGACCUAAGACUCCAGAUGAGGAGAAGGAUGAGCCGACCGUUCUGGGGAAGAGCACUGCGCUUUCAGAUGGGUCGGCGGAUGCCAGGAAGCGAUAGAGGUAGCCGGCACAUGUCACAAUCGCGAGGCAGGAUUCGACUCACAUUACGAGGACGAGAGUUCUCUCGGGCCGCAAGGCUCCAAAGAAGUUCCCAAAGAUGGGUUGUUUUCAUUUGUGGAGGACCGCCUUUCGCCUUAUUCUUACAUGGUUGGGCUCUUAGCUGUCAAUGAGAGGAGUGUUAUUGUUAGCCCUUCACCUUCGACGAGACCACGGGAUCAAAGACCUACUGUUAGAUGAUUCACUAUGGACACACUUGGAGACAUUUGAGUGACUCAGCGACAAGGAAUAGGUGCUCGUCUUCACUGUCUGCAGUGCAUACCACAGUCGACCUCUUCCUAGAACUGUUCCUAUCUCGACCAUAACGUCCCUGUGCUGAGGAUUUUCCCUACACUACACCAAGAUACAAACAAUCAGAAGCGUCAGCCAAAAUGCGUCCUUUCACGUUUGCAACCACUACUCUACUUAUGCUCAGCACCUUCACCGCGUCCCAUGUUAUCUCCGGCGAUUCUACAGAGGGGACUGACGUCGCGAUCUCAAGCACUGUCCCAUUCGAUUCGGUUAUGAAUGACAAGACCAGGUCAAUGUUGGGUGACGCUGCUUUGUUUAUCACGACCGACACUAAACCUACCACUACAGCCAACCAGAAAUCCCCGGCAGAGUCAGUCCUCAGUGUCAGUUCAUCGCUUGCCAACGAGACCACAGUCGCAAAUAUUACUGGUCCAAACGAUCUCAUUACGGAGCUUUCAGCAGCAGACUCCUGCACAUGUGCCAUCCUGCCGGGUUAUGACAAGAUAUGCACUCAAUCCUGCGAAUGUUGUGCAGGCUGGGGAAUAGAAACUUGCUGCUGCUUUCCCCAAUACAACCCUUAUCCGCCGACCGUCGGAGCCGCGAGCGGUUAUUGUUCCUCCGCAUGUUGUGGGAAGUAGUCUAGGAAGGAGGAUUGAAGAUGAGCAUUGCGAACUCGGGGUGGAGGUGAAGAGCUGUUUUCAGGGCGUGAAUGGUCGCCAACUGGCUUCACGGUGGUGACAAAUGAGCGUGACACGGUGCUGCCUUUACUUAAGGCCCUGCGCACCUCGAGUUGUGAUGGACCAUUCCUCGUCUCUCUACCCUCUAUCAUAGGAAGUUUCUCUCGCUGCCGCUGCUGCGAGGUCAACAACAGAGCUUACCAAAAUGAGGUCUCUUGCCUUGACCGUUUCCC